UUACCGUUUUACAUCAUAUAGAAUAGAUUAAUGGCAUUUCCAUUCAUUUUCGAGGGGUUUCAGAAAAUACCAUGUAUUGCCCCUUAUAGGCUGAACACCACUAAAUCCAGCUGUUCUUUAUUUCAUAUAAAAUUCCCUCACUUCAUAACGGUUUUUCGACAUUUUCUAGCAUAUCAGAUUUUCAGAGACUUAUAUUCCCAUAAAGAACUAGAUCGCUACUUUAGAAAAACAAAAAGAAAAUGGGGUGUUAACUUUUAUAUAAGAAAACUACAGUUCGUUAAAUACAACCCGCUGAAUUUACUACUUUUCGCUUCUUUCAAUUUCUCUUUUCGUGACAUUAAAUUCUUACGCCGCCAUUUUUAUCUAGCAUGCAAUAGGAACAUGCUGAUUUCAAAAGAAUGCAAAGUGAUACAUACUGAAACGCGGUAGGGUAAAAGUAAGCACGUUGCUGCCGAGAAAAUGCACUAGGAAAGGAAAAAAGAUUAGUACUAUUUAUAUUUGGACUACUUGUGACUAGACCUGCGGAGGCUUACAUUCUAUUUGGUAGUGAUCAGCCUAUAAGAGAAAAUUUUUGUUUGAUUUUUCCAUGAAUUCGCAUUCAUUUUCAAGGUACACCUAUUUUACAAUGAUUCUGCUUAGUUUUGGUGCAAAAUAUUGAGAAAAUGUAGAGAAAUGACAAUUCAUUACAGGUCACCCCCAUCCCUAAAAAUAUGCAAAAUUUAGGCCUGUGCAGGCAAUAUUUCAAUUUAUUUUACCUUAUUCGUGGAAUUUACAUUUAACAUCCAUUUAAUCGUUACGAUGUUUGUCAUUUUCAUUCAGAAACAUGCUAAUUUCAAUAUUAUUUAGGCAACUGAAGUGCUAAAAUCGAGAAUAGACAUUUACUAGGUCUUAAAACGAACCAAAAUAGUGCCACCUGGUCGAAAAUUUGAUCUUAAUUCCAAAAACACAAGAAAUUUAAGCGUUUUUAGCCAUUUGUUACCGUUUUACAUCAUAUAGAAUAGAUUAAUGGCAUUUCCAUUCAUUUUCGAGGGGUUUCAGAAAAUACCAUGUAUUGCCCCUUAUAGGCUGAACACCACUAAAUCCAGCUGUUCUUUAUUUCAUAUAAAAUUCCCUCACUUCAUAACGGUUUUUCGACAUUUUCUAGCAUAUCAGAUUUUCAGAGACUUAUAUUCCCAUAAAGAACUAGAUCGCUACUUUAGAAAAACAAAAAAAAUGGGGUGUUAACUUUUAUAUAAGAAAACUACAGUUCGUUAAAUACAACCCGCUGAAUUUACUACUUUUCGCUUCUUUCAAUUUCUCUUUUCGUGACAUUAAAUUCUUACGCCGCCAUUUUUAUCUAGCAUGCAAUAGGAACAUGCUGAUUUCAAAAGAAUGCAAAGUGAUACAUACUGAAACGCGGUAGGGUAAAAGUAAGCACGUUGCUGCCGAGAAAAUGCACUAGGAAAGGAAAAAAGAUUAGUACUAUUUAUAUUUGGACUACUUGUGACUAGACCUGCGGAGGCUUACAUUCUAUUUGGUAGUGAUCAGCCUUUUGUAACAAGAGAAAAUAAAUACAUCACAGCGCAAUGCAAGUGAAAAAACAUUACAACAACAACUAACAGAGGUAUUCAGACAAACAAUUGGCCAAUGGGUGAUACUUGCUCUAAUACUAGCGGUGAUGAUUCUCGUGCAAACUUCGUCAGAUGUUGUAGAAAAACAAGCUCAGUAUAAGACACGCAAUGGAAGCACAUCAGGAAGUGGCAACAACAUCAGAAAAAUACGAAUCCUUUGCCUCAUUCUCACAUCUCCUUCCGGUAAAAACAAAAUGGACGCCAUAAACGAGACAUGGGCUAAACGGUGUCACAAGCACCUGUUUAUUUACGGUCAAACCGAGCGGUCAAUGGAGGCGGAAUCCAUUUUAUAUGUUCCGGUUCUGGAAGGGCGGAAACAUUUAACUGGGAAAGUCCGACAUGCUCUAGAAUUUGCUUACCGGACAUACAAGGACAGUUUUGAUUGGAUAUUGAAAUGUGACGAUGAUACCUACAUCAUUAUGGAAAACUUACGUUACCUUUUAUCACAAGCCGAUCCAAAAAAUCCAGGAUAUCUUGGAUUUCAUAUGAAGACCGGACAGACCAAACGCACCGGAUACAUGAGCGGAGGAGCAGGUUACGUCAUCAGUUCACAAGGUCUAGAUCAGUUAAUACACGGUGGGUUUGAAAAUGGCGGUUGCAAACAAGAUGGCGGUAAUGAGGAUGUUGAAAUAGGCUUAUGUUUAGCUAAAUCUGGCGUUCCUGUCUUAAACUCGUUGGAUACAGAUGGACGAGAAUCAUUCCAUCCGGAAUCUUUACAACGUCAUUUAUACCCUCCGCAUCCAGUGUGGCUUCGUCAAUAUUCUUGGAACCAAGUCCCCAAAUUUGGCUCAGAGUGCUGUAGCAAAUAUUCCAUAAGUUUUCACCGUGUAUCGCCAGAACAGCAUUUUCUAUUCGAACAUCUAUUAUACAGAACGGAAGUGUAUGGAUUACAGGGAGAUAACCAGGACAUACAUCCGGUGUUUGAUCCUCACCUUGUGAAACCUGCCUAUUAGACUCGCCUUGUCGCCACAGUACUUAAUGUUCACAAAUUUCUGGAAUCGUGCAAUAUAAAUUUUACAUACACAUGAGUUUAAUUCAGAUUGAUUUAGAUGUGUAUUUAUUGACUUUUAAAUACACUUUAUUUCUUGUGCGUCUAUGGUUGUGCGCCCUGGUUGUAUCUGAAAAGGAGGUCGUAAAGUAUUUCGAAAAAACUGAACUAAGUUCUUUAUUACUUGGCUGAUGACAAAUUUGAAACGUAUUUUUGUGCCUAUGCCAAGUGACAUCCUCCGCUCUAUCUCAGUAGCAGUAUAAAUUUAAAAAUACAACAAACAGCGUAUGUAUAAAUAAAUGUUUAAAUCUUAAUUAUCUUACUUCACUGAUGAAAUUUAAUAUGAAAUGAUUUUUUAAUAGUAAGUAUCCUGAUGACUAGAUAUUAUAUAGGCCCUAAUGUCCGUGACCAUUUUUAGAAUAUUGCAUGUA